AUGGCAAGCUCACUACCGCGCCCCAAGCGGGCUGGGGAGGACUUUGCCCGCACACACCAAGACGAACAGGACGGCCCGGCCGAACACAAGAAACCGCGAUUCGACCUGCGCAAUCCCUCCGCUCUUGCGCCCGACGCCCUCGAAGAAGAUGCAAUAUUGGACGCUGAUGAAAUUGGCCGAAGGGGGCAGCAAGUGCGCCGAAAAGCGAUCAACCUGGAUGGCUACGACUCCGACAGUGACAACGAGGGUUUCUCCGCGCGCAUCGAGGAAAAGGGGAAGCGCAGCCGGGCCAAGCACGAUGCAGACGAUGACGACAUGUUCGCUGAGCUCCAAGAAGAUUUUGGCGAGGAGGAAAUUGACGCGGAUGAAGCGAUGCGCAAGAACAAGAAGACAGUCCGCUUUCUUCGCGACGAUGAGAUCCAGGGACAGGUUGCCUCCUCGAAAGGUGGCGGUAGUCUACAUGCAGAUUUGAGCAAGGGACCCGGUACCAUCGACGCCGAGGAGGAAGAAAGCGACAGCGAUGUCGGGGAGGAAGAGCGCGCAAAGGCUGACGACGAGAUGGAUGAUGAAGUCGGCGCGGGGGCUAAGAAAAAACACGCGCCUCUUUUGGAUGCCUUCAAUAUGCGGACUGAGCAGGAGGAAGGUCGCUUUGAUGACCAGGGUAACUACGUUCGGAAAGCUGCGGACCCAGAUGCGGUCCACGAUACAUGGAUGGAUGGGCUGUCUAAGAAGGACAUCCGCAAAGCAAAGGAGGCCGCCGAAAAGCGAGAGGUCGAGAGAAAGGAGAAGGACCGCGCGGAUGAUAGUGUACUGACAUCCGAUGUGUUGACAACAAUCAUCACCCACCUCGAGCGCGGCGAGACAAUAUUGGAAGCGCUCGCCCGGCUCGGGAAGGGCCUCCAACGCAAGCCGAAAUGGCAAGCCAAGAAGAAGAACAAGAAAAAUGGCACAUCCGAGGAUACCGAAAUGACAGAGGACAAUCCAGAGGAGGCUGCUCGGAAGGAGGCGAUCAAUGCAGUUACUGGCGCUGCCGAUAUCCUCAUGGGCCGAGGCCAAGCAGAUAUCUAUGACACCGAACGUGAGCUCCUUACUCGGCAGUAUCGCAACGAAAUGGGCGAGCAGUGGGUCGAUCCGCCGUCCACAUCAGAGGAUGUGGCGCCCGACCAAGCGCCUGGGAUGUGGGAGUUCCGCUGGUCGGACGCUCGAGACGGAGGAGACGCGCAUGGGCCGUACGACAGUGCAAUGAUGGAGUCGUGGCAAACUGCUGGCUACUUUGGCGAAGGCGUCGAAUUCCGCCGGGUCGGGGACACAGGUCCGUGGAGUCGCACUGUUAGUUUUGUGUAA